CUCACUGAUGGAUGAUCAGUGAAUACAAAAUAAAUUCAUCUGCUGCCAAAAGAGGGUGCACAACAGCCACGCGUUAUCCUCGUUUGAAGUGACUUUUCCGGAAUAUUUAUUUAGAAAAUUUAAUUAUCAAUGUUAUAGUUUCCACUGAAAAACGAAUCGUGGUGCUUGGAAAAUGGAUUUCGCCAAAAAUAUACUUCAGAAGUACGGCUGGAGAGAUGGUGAUGGAUUAGGCAAAAAAUCGGACGGAAUCGUCAAACCGAUCAAGGCUAGCUUCAAAUUCAACAGCACUGGUUUCGGUGCCGAUCCAGCUAAGGAACACACCAAUAAAUGGUGGGAACGGGUAUUCGAUGAAGCGGCCAACAAUAUCGAGGUUGGUCCAGCGGGAAAGAUUACCCAACGGGAGAAAGAUGCCGUGGAAAUAUCGAAUAAGAGCUACUCGGUUCGAAAGCUGGCGCAGAAGACUGCCUCCGGGAAGGCUAACUACGGAGGGUUUCUAAAGGCGUCAACCUUGUUAGGCAACGUUGGUCGAGAGGAAGAUUUAGAAGGACACAUCCAGACGGAGGAUAUUGAGUUCAAACCGGCAAAGAUUUUAACAGAUGAGGAAUUAUUUGCCGCCUGUGGCGGUAGAACGGCACAUAAAGGCGCUCGGCAUGGACUGACACUUUCCGGUAAGUUGGCCCGCGUGGAAGCACAGGAUAGCAAAUUGCUGCAGGAGUUGGAAUCCAAGUCAUUCGAAUCGGUUAUCAAAAAUAACGAUUGGCAACAGGUGCAGAAACGAAAAAAGUCCAAGAAGAAAAAGCGAAACGAGGAAAAGUGGGUAGAACGGCACCAGGAGGAAGAGGAAGAUGAGCUCAAGGAUAUGAUACAUAAUUCGAAUUAUGUCGUUAAGAAAAAUAAAAAGAAAGCCAAAGCUACUGAGCGGAUGGAGAGUGAUCUAGUCGAUGAAAUGACCAGCACGAUGGGAUUCUUCGAAACUUUGCCGGAGGAAGACGGGGUGGAACCAGAUCCUGGUCCAACCAUCGAGCAGGAACUAGAUAUGCUGAGUAACAAGAUUCGCAAAUUGGACCACGGUUCAGUUACUAUCAAAAAGAGAGAUAAAUUGAAUAAGAAAAAACUGAAAGCCCUUGCAAUGCAAGCUGAUAAAGAGGACGAGGAAGAUGAGACUAUGGAUCCGGCGGCAAAGUACAGAAAAGAUUACAAAAAGAAGCAGAAGCAAAACAAUAAACUGCUUCGAGCUACGGUUCCUCAGGAGGUUCCACCGGAGCGGAAGGUAAAACCAAAAAAGUUACUCAAGUCGGAUAGCGAAGCAUCGGAGAGUGACGAGGGCGAGAAGGAUGUGAUUCAACGCAUCAACGAGUACCGGGAGAAGAUCGAAUCGAAACUACCAACUAUUAAAGUAAUCGAAGCAGCUGAUGAGGAUCAGCAAUUGCUUGCGGAUCGUUUCAAGAACGCACACCGGAACGGUGUCAAACGUGUGGGCCGCCACAAAGCCAAAAGGAACAAGAGCAAGAAGAGAAACCGCAAAGUGGCUCAGUUGGCGGAAGAUUUGCUUAAGAAUUUGUAAGGCGCUUCCAGUUAUUUUUGAAUUAAAAGCAAUUCUAGAAAGCCUUUUUGCUGUUAGCAUAAGUUAUUUCAGUCUUUUGUAACGAUUUGUUUACGAAAUCUUUGAAGUUUUUAAUAUACAAUUGAAUUAAAGUAAUUACAAUGAAA